GUGUGUGCAUUCUCGGUUCAUUCAGGCAAUGUAACCUUUAAUUUUAUUUCGUAAAGAUUUAACGUACGUCUCAAAUUAACUUAAUCGCGUAAAGCAUAUCGAGUUUUGAUACUUUUAAACACAUCGGGUUAUCUAAGUAGCGGACAAAAUGCGAGUACUGGAGCUGUACAGCGGAAUCGGCGGCAUGCAUUACGCUUUUCAAGAAAGUGGAGCGAAAGGAACUAUCGUUGCCUCGGUUGACAUCAAUCCUGUGUCGAAUGAAGAGGUGACGUCGGAAAGCAUGACGAAGAGGACGAAGCAGGACGAAGAGGACGAAGAGGAUGAAGCAGGACGAGGAGGACGAAGAGGAUGAAGAGGACACGCAUGAAGGGAGAUGACUUCGGGAAGCAUGACGAAGAGGACGAAGCAGCACGAAGAGGACGAAACAGGACGAAGGGGACGAAGAGGGCACGCAUGUACGGGAGGAAACGAAAAGGAAAUUCGCCGAGCGCAGUACGGAGGACAAACGACCGGCUGUGCAGUCGGCAGGAGCGGCGAACGCGUGAAAGUUUCUCGGGGAAUCGCGGAGGUCCCGCCGUUAGAGGAACGUUAGGUCGUUCCCCGCGAAUUCACCCGAGUUCCCAGAUCCGCGUAAAUGUAGCACGCCGUAGACCGGAGCCACUUGUCCGUAACCAGUUGGAAGGAGAGCGCUCUCCUACGUCCGCGAUUAAAAUCCGCGCGGCGUUUCGGAAGGGGUUUUUUCCUCGCUAAUUAAGUAAUUUAUGUAUUAAGAGAGAGACGAGAGCCGAUAUGCCGACUCCUUUCGGCGAGGAACCGGCCUCCAAGAUGGCCGCCAAUCGUCGGUAACAGUCGAGAGGAGAGCGCCUCCGCUCCCGGCCUCUCUCGUAGAAGAGGAUGACACGGAUCCUCUCUAGGAGGAUGCAUGAAUAAUUGCAGGAGCGUUGCAACAUCCUCCUUGUAGACUGGUUUUGCCAUUCCUCGAGCUAACUCUGGCUACGGGGACGAACGUAACCGGCGACGCGGACACGUGUUCCGUUGGUCGGCGUCCGCCAUGGAAAAUUCUCAGCUCGGUGGACUCGUCUCCUCUUCUGCGUAGGCAUCUCCAACGCGGACGCUUUUCCUCAGAGUCUCGACGUCGCGACGCCCUCGCCUGGAACACCCAUCCGAUUCCUGGUGGGCUGGAAAAAUGGACGUAACCGGGGGCGACCUUGGACUCGACAAAUAACCCGGAACGUCCGCGCGAUCCCUCGUUAAUUGUCGACGUCGUGGGAAUUGCGUAACGACGCUCGUUUUCCUAUCCUUUUUUUUCUCUUUUUUUCAUUUUCCUUCUCUCUCUCCUUUCGAAACGGCCGACACGGGGGCGGGAAUGGGACCUCCUCCCAUCCUCGUUCCGCGCUCCUCUUCCGGAAGGCGGACUCCUCCGAAGGCUGAAAUUACGCGCUUUCCUGCAGUUCAGGUUAAGUAACGCGUCGUGUCAUUGCGAAGGUUAACGAGCUGAGGAAGGAAGCCGCUUUCCAGGUCUACCGAUUUGCAUGGCGAGUCUUUCGGGUUAGGUUUCGGCGAGGCGUCGAUUAUAUUUACUGGGAGGGAUUUCGAACGAAACGGGGACCUCGCGCGAGGAUGUCCUGGAAUUAGACGUGGAGGCCCGUUUUCGCCAUUGCGGGGUCUUAGAGCGGAACGGCGUCAUCGAAUUAACGGAACGCCUCAUUACGAAGGUCGGUGGGCAGGUGAGGCGCCAAGAAUUCGUCGAGAAACCGUUAAUGAGGUAUUCCUUGUACGCGUCUCGAAGAGCCCUAAUGCGAGAAAUUAUAAUUAUUAAGGUGAAGUGAAACCCCCUUCUAAUCAGUCGAUUCGAAUACAACACCUUUUUUUAAG